UCCCAUAAUCAUCCCAUGUAACCGUACGGUUUAACUUCUAGGUUCCCUGUUUUUAUGCUCUCAGUCCUGGUUUCUCUCCAUACACCGCCGAAAUAUUCUAUCUAAUAUAUGGGCAAAAACGCCGAUAAAUUAUCAUGACCGCCAGUGCUUCUGCUGGAUCUCAGGCUUGUGCUGCAUGUAAAUACUUACGUAAAAGAUGUGCAGCCGAUUGUCCUCUCGCUCCCCAUUUUCCUUCCAAUCACUCCUCUGAUUUUCUUAAUGCCCACAAACUGUUUGGCGUAAGCAACAUCUUGAAAACUCUUAAGAAACUGCAUACUUUCGAUGAGAAGAAGAACGCCGUCAAGUCUAUGAUCUAUCAAGCUAAUGCUCGUGCUAGGGACCCCGCUGGUGGUUGUUACCGAAUUAUCACUCGUUUGGAAGACCAAAUUGAAAUUUAUCAGCUCCAGCUUAGCCGUGCUCGCCAGCUGAUUGCAUUUUAUCAGCGACUAGCUUCUUAUCGUUUGCAGGUCUCGCCAUUGAAUAUGUAUGGCAUUACAACUUCGACGCUUCAGUCUAUUUUGUGUGGUCAACAACAACAGGAAGAAUCCAGCUUUGUUAACGAGAAUUACCAGACGGAUGGCACUAUUGUAAAGAUUGACAUGGAGAAAUUAGCACCAUCCUGUUUGGAUGGAAAUGAUAGUCAACCAGCAUCAUCUGGUAAGCCACUGUUUGCAAUGGAUAGAAGUGAAGACAUUAAACCUUUACUUGGUGAGUUCGAUGUGGGAGGUUACAUUGUUGGACAAUGCAGUGACAAGUUGAUAAUUAAAGAAGAACACAAACCAAUCCAUCAUGGGCAGGCGCACAAUCUAAAGGAUAUUUCGUAUUUUAGUUUCAAGAAUGGUAAAGAGACAUAGAUAAUAGUGAAAAAUUUUGAAAUAGCACUGUAACAAUCUUGUUUGCUGUGUAGAUUAGAAAAGAGAAAUGGGCAUACAGGGGAAAUCCUGUUUGCAACAUAUAAUAGGUUUAUAUUACACGGUUUUCUGUUAAAACAUUCUGUUUUGUUGUUUCUGAACAUCUGCCUUUUAGCUAUGUUAUUGUAGCUUACAAACAUGUUGGAAGAAAAUUCUGCAUGUCUGAAUCCUGAUUCACCUACAUCCUGCAAGAAAUUCACGUGAGAUUUGAAA